CAUCAGUGCUCAAAAAGACUCCCAGGAGUAGGUGGGUGCAAGCAAAAAUGGACGUGCCUUCGACUUCCCUCGUCUCUUUGCUCUCUGGUGUCACAUUCCUACUGCUAAUUCCUGGAGACUCCUGUGUAGAUAUAAUUGGAGGCAAUGAAGUACAUCCUCAUUCAAGACCCUACAUGGCCUUACUCCUUGAGGGAAAACAUUUAUGUGGAGGAGUUCUGAUCAAAGAAGACUGGGUGAUAACUGCAGCUCAUUGUGUUACGACAAAAAGAACCAAGGUCAUUCUUGGAGCUCACUCAAAAAGCAAGAAAGAGGCAGAACAACAGAUUAUGACUAUUAAGAAAGAGUUUCCCUAUCCAUGCUAUGACCGAAUCACACAUGAAGGUGAUCUGAAACUUCUUCAGCUGAAUGGGAAAGCAAAGAUUACAAAGGCUGUAAAGUUACUGAAUCUGCCCAAAAGUGGAAAAGACGUCAAACACGGUACCACGUGCCAAGUUGCAGGAUGGGGAAAAACAGUCAACAGAGCCGACAAGCUUCCAGACACUCUGAGAGAAGUCAACAUCACUGUUAUCGACAGAAAAAUCUGCAACGAUAAAGAUCAUUACAACCUUAAGCCUUUUAUUGGACCGAACAUGAUUUGUGCUGGAAAUAUAAACGGUGGGAAAGACUCGUGCGAUGGGGAUUCCGGUGGCCCUUUGAUAUGCAAAGGCAGUUUUACAGGAGUCACUUCCUUUGGUCUUCCUGGAAAAUGUGGUGUUCCCCAAGGACCUGGUGUCUACACUCUUCUUUCAGUAAAAUAUCUCAACUGGAUAAAGAAUACCAUCAAGGGAGUGGCUUAGCCCACUUUGAUUUUCCCUGUGAUUCUCAAUGCUAUACUCAACAUAUAUACCCCAUAUAUAUCUCAACAACAUAAUCCCUAUGUUAUACUCAACAAUUGGGACCUAAGAAAAACAGUCAUUUCUUUUCUAGAAACAUAAGUAAAUGUAAGCCAAGUCUCCACUGGCAAAGUAAAGCUAAAAAUUGAUAGUAAUUUAGAUAAUUCAAAUAAAAAAACUCAAAGGUUAAGUGAAAAGUGGGAUUUUGCAUGAUUUAUUCAGUUAACUGCCUUAAUAACCUGACCGAAGAUGAU